CGGCUUUUCACAAACAACGCAGUGAUAUCCGCUCAAAAUGGCGGACAAAACUGUGCCUAUUUGUGUCCCAUCAGAAAACCCUAUAAAACUAGUAAAAUGGAAGGUAAAACAAGGUGCUUUCGUGUCCCAAAGUCAAAUUUUAUUUUUAUACCACGAUUCAUCGGGUGAAAACAAGGAGUUAAAGAAAUUUAAAGCGUUUCGCGCUGGUACCGUGGCCUCCAUCAAGGUGAAGGAAGGAGACAUUGUAGAGCCUGGGGGUAGCAUAGCAGACUUGGAAGCAUGUCGACAUCCGACCGUGAUGAAAGAGAUGUGUGCGGAGUGCGGGGCCGACCUGCGGACCGACGAGCGGCCGAAGCAACUUGACGGAGCCGCGCUCGUGCCCAUGGUUCACUCUGUUCCCGAAUUGAAAGUUUCUGAGGAACUAGCACAGAAACUUGGCCGUGAAGAUGCUGACCGAUUGCUGAAAGAUCGCAAGCUGGUCCUUCUCGUUGAUUUGGAUCAGACAUUGGUUCACACCACUAAUGACAAUGUUCCUCCAAACCUAAAGGAUGUGCUUCACUUUUUCCUCCGAGGUCCUGGUGGCCCUGGGCGCUGGUGCCACACAAGGCUCCGACCAAAGACACAUGAAUUUCUGGCUUCAGCAUCUAAGAACUAUGAACUACAUGUGUGCACAUUCGGUGCCAGACAAUAUGCUCAUGCUGUGACAGAACUUCUAGAUCCAGAGAAGAAGUAUUUCUCUCACAGGAUUCUGUCUAGAGAUGAAUGCUUUGACCCGAGAACAAAAUCUGCUAAUUUGAAAGCCUUAUUCCCGUGUGGAGACAACAUGGUGUGCAUCAUUGACGACCGAGAGGAUGUGUGGCGACACGCCAGCAACCUGAUCCAUGUGCGGCCUUACUCCUUCUUCCAGUCAACUGGAGACAUCAACGCUCCUCCACCUUUAGAAGAAAAAACUAAAUCACUCAGCGGUAAAAAUGGCGCACAAGUACCCCCAGCAAACCCAAUGCCUUUACUAGACUCUGAACCAGACGCAAAGGAAGAAAAAGACAAAAAUCUACCUAUAAAAGCAGAAGAAACUGUAGAAAUCAAGGCAAAAACUGAGGGCAAUAAUGGAAAAAUAGUAUCUAAGGAUGAAAACACGGCGCCAAAACAAGAUAGUGAAAAAGCAACUACCGAUACCAAGAAUGAUAAUGCGGAAGCUACAGACCCACCAGAGCCUAAAUGGGUGGAGACAUCUGACGGGCAGAUCGAGCAAGAGGACCCUGAUGAUUACUUGAUCUAUCUUGAAGAUAUACUUUUGAGGAUCCACAAAUAUUUCUAUGAGACAUAUGAUAAAACGGAAGGUUCUCAAAUACCGGACCUCAAAGUUGUAAUACCAGAAGUGAAGAGCAAAGUACUGGCGGGAACCAGUCUAGUUUUCAGCGGUUUAGUCCCGACACACCAGAGGCUGGAGACCUCGAGGGCGUAUUUAGUCGCUAAAAGCUUAGGAGCGGACGUCACUCAAGACUACACCGAUAAUACCACUCAUCUUGUAGCUGUGAGAUCAGGCACGGCGAAAGUGAACGCGAGCAGGAAGAUAGGUGAAGCGAAGAGCAGCAAGCUGCACGUGGUGACGCCGGAGUGGCUGUGGACGUGCGCCGAGCGCUGGGAGCGCGUGGACGAGCGCCUCUACCCGCUGCAGAGAGGGGGGCAGAGCAGCAUGCGGCGGCCGCCGGCGCACUGCUCGAGCCCGCCGCCCGCGCCGCCCGUCGUGGCCGCCGCCCGCAAGCGCACGCCAUCGGGCCGGUUCAUGGACACCCUCAACCCGCUGCUGUCGUUCUCCAGUGACGAUAUCGCUGAUAUGGAUCGAGAGGUGGAAGAUAUUUUCAAUGAAUCUGAUGAGAGCUCAUCGUCUGAAGAUGAAAAGCCAGGGGAUGAUGAUUUAGACGAUGAAGAGAAUCCUCCAGAAGACAGGCUGAUCACGUUAGAAAAUGAAGACAGCUCACAGGAGAGAUUACAAGAUAGAAAGGGUGAUGAAUCCAGUGAAUCCGAUAAUGGCAUCGAAGAUGAUUCCCGACCACGGAAAAGGCCUCGAAGGUCUUCACCUCCAUCGGACGACGAGCCCCCAGACCCAGAAGAUGACGACAGCUCAUGGAACCUGAUGGGGGCGGCUUUAGAAAGAGAGUUCCUUGCACAGGACUGACUUGUCCCACCAAACACAUUUGUGCCCGUUAAUACAAUCUUUGAUUUACUAAAA